AUAGAGUACCUUAUACCAAACAUGGAAAGUUAAUUUCAAAUUUUAUUCCGGAUUAUAAUGAAAGUUGUUCGUUUUUUUAAAAAAAUAUUACCAUACUUGUGUUGAAUUCUUUAAAAAUACAUUAUUUUGGAGGAUUUGAUGCUCAUUCGUGAUAUUUUUGAAGAGUAUUGGCAAUAUAGAUCAUUAUAAUAGUCAAGAGGAACAACAUACAUUGUGUCCCUAUUUUACAAAUGUCAUACAGAAUUCUUUACUAUUAUUCACAGAGACAUUUCAUAAGUUAAGGUGAAUUCUCUGCUACUGGAAAUGGCUUCUCUUUCCACCAACUCUACUUUUCUCAACAAGAAUGUUGUGUCUUUAUCUGAUUUAUCUCCCCUAUAUAAAUUUCCUACUCAAAAUCCGAGGAGAAGAUUUUCCAAGAAAAUUGUUUCUGUGAUCACACAGCCAAGUUCAAGAAUGCCUGCCACCACUGGCUCAGUGAAGAGUUGGAUGACUACGACUGAGAAGUUGCUGGCUAAAAAUUCUGAGAAGCUUCAUGUGGUUCCAGGUGAGAAUUUGUGGGUCAACGUUGAUGUUUUGAUGACCCAUGACAUUAGUGGUCCUGGUGCUAUUGGAGUAUUUAAAAGAGAAUUUGGAGAAAAUGCCAAGGUCUGGGAUCGUGAAAAGGUAGUGGUCAUACCUGAUCACUAUAUUUUCACAGCUGAUGAACGAGCAAACCGUAAUGUGGAUACUCUGAGGGACUUCUGCAAUGGGCAAAAUAUUAAGUACUUUUAUGACAUUAAGGACCUCGGAAACUUCCAGGCUAAUCCAGAUUACAAAGGAGUGUGCCACAUUGCUCUUGCCCAAGAAGGUCACUGCAGACCAGGAGAGGUUUUGGUAGGUACAGACUCACAUACAUGUACUGCAGGAGCGUUCGGGCAAUUUGCAUCUGGAAUUGGAAAUACUGAUGCAGGUUUUGUGCUAGGUACUGGAAAGAUUUUGCUCAAGGUUCCUCCAACUAUCAGAUUUGUAUUGGAUGGUGAAAUUCCCAAUUACAUACUAGCUAAGGAUUUGAUUUUGCAAGUCAUUGGUGAAAUUUCUGUAGCUGGUGCAACGUAUAAAACAAUGGAAUUUGUCGGUACUGCUGUUGAAAGUUUAACAAUGGAAGAGAGAAUGACGUUAUGCAAUAUGGUUAUUGAAGCUGGCGGAAAGAAUGGUGUUAUUCCAGCUGAUAAAACAACAUAUGACUACCUUAAGGACAAGACUACUGUGCAUUAUGAACCUGUCUACGGUGAUGGGAAAGCCAGAUUUUUUGCGGAGUACCAUUUUGACAUCUCAAAGUUGGAGCCCUUAGUAGCAAAGCCUCAUUCUCCUGAUAAUCGUGCUUUGGCAAGAGAAUGCAAAGAUGUCGAGAUUGACAGAGUAUAUAUUGGAUCUUGUACCGGUGGAAAAACAGAGGACUUCAUGGCGGCUGCCAAAGUUUUUCUAGCAUCAGGAAAGAAGGUGAAAGUUCCAACAUUUCUCGUUCCUGCUACUCAGAAGGUCUGGAUGGAUUUAUAUACUCUCCCAGUUCCAGAAUCUGGAGGUAAAACAUGUUCACAGAUUUUCGAGGAUGCUGGAUGUGAUACACCGGCAAGUCCUAGUUGUGGUGCGUGUAUGGGUGGCCCUAGAGACACUCAUGCUCGGUUGAACGAACCUCAGGUCUGUGUCUCAACCACAAACAGAAACUUCCCGGGACGAAUGGGUCAUAAGGAAGGUCAAAUUUAUCUUGCAUCUCCAUAUACAGCUGCAGCAUCAGCAUUAACUGGUCACGUUACUGAUCCCCAAGAGUUUCUGCAGUAACAUGCUUGAUUAUUCAUCUUAAAACUCGCUUAAGCUUGAACGUUUGUUCGUAUUCCUUAGGGGACUUUUGUGCUUCAAUAAAAUAAGAUUGACAAAAUGCAGGUUUCUCUAGUUCUCUACUUCUCUUAGCUGUAGUUACAUUCAUUUACUCGUGGAAAGUAAAAAGACUAAUGUGUCAUCUAAAAGAUUAAUGUCUCAAUAUUUCCCUAAUGUUAAGGGUAUGUCUACUCAAGAUGUUGGUUUAA